AUGGGAGACAAGUUAAGCAAGAAGAAGGGGUACAAUGUGAAUGCUGAGAAAGCCAAAGACAAUGACAAGAAGGUUGAAGGGGCAGGGACUGAACAGGAGGCAACCCCGAAGGAGAAUGAGACCCAGGCGGUGGCUGAGACCACCGAGGUGAAGGAUGCCCAGGAUGCUGCAAACAAGACCGAAGAGAAGGAGAAAGACAAAGACGCAACCACUGCCAAGGAAGAAGCACCAAAGGAGGAGCCCAAGAAGACAGAGGGGGCAGCAGAUGCCAAACCCAAGCCCCCAAAGGAUACAGAGCAAGAGCAGGUUGUAGCCUCGACCGCUGCUGCCAGUGGAAAGUCCCCUAAGGCAUCCGAGGCCAGUGCUGAUGCCUUGGACAAAAGCACUGCAGCCACUCAGGUGGAUGGUAAGAGCAAGACUGAGGCUCCUGCUGCCCAGGAAACGAAAAGUGAGUGGGUCCCAGCUUCAGACUCAAAAGCUAGCAGCACUGAGGCUGCCCCACCUUCCAAGGAGACCCCCUGCCCCCACUCUGCAGCCAUAUACCUACAGCCCCUGCAUCCCCAGCAGGAGAGGCGAAACCUGCUGAGACCCCAGCAACUAAUUUGGAUCAAACUAUAUAGCAGUGAAACAGGAGCUCUGAUAAGAGAUGUUCAUAAACUCUUCUGGUUGGCUAUAAAACUGAAUUUUUCUAUUGCUUUGCAUGAAUAA